CAAGACACCGCUAGAGUGUCGUAACUAUGUCUGUCUUGGCACUUAUAACCGCCACCCGCGACGACAUGUAUCUACCACCCGAGCCUCGUAGGUCGGGCUACUUGAACCAACUCCGAGGAUCCCAAGGCGCCAGCGCCGCCAUGGUGGGCGGCACCAUCGCGUUCUGCGCGGAGGCGCAUCAAGGAAGGGCCACCAAGCAGAAUGAUGUCAGCGAGCCCGGCAACCCAACAAGGGAGAGCCGCUAGGAGACGUGGCGCGGGCCGCGUGGGCCACGCAGCUAGCAGUCCGUGGAUGGGGCUUCGCCAGACACAUCUUGGCACCCUUUCCU